AUGCCUUCAGCAGCUCUGUGUGCUCGCUCAUUGCGAGCUUACGCUCGCCAUGGCUCCAACCACACUGCCAUUCUUGCCCGCGCCUUCUCAGCAUCUGCGCGGAGGCCAGAGAUCAACAAGGUCUACCCUUCAGCUACUGAGGCUCUCAAGGACAUGAAGCCCAACUCCACACUUCUCUGCGGUGGCUUCGGUCUCUGCGGUGUUCCCGAUACCCUGAUUGACGAGGUCCUGAACAAGCCUGAGAUCACUGGCAUCACCGCCGUCUCUAACAACGCCGGCACCGAUGCUUCCGGCCUCGGCAAGCUUCUGAAGACGAAGCAGAUCAGCAAGAUGAUUGCCAGCUACAUUGGCGAGAACAAGACCUUCGAGAAGAUGUACCUCACCGGUGAGGUUGAGCUUGAGCUUACCCCCCAGGGCACACUCGCUGAGCGCUGCGCCGCCGGCGGUAAGGGUAUUCCGGCCUUCUACACCCCGGCCGCCUUUGGCACCGUGGUGCAGACUGGCGAGCUGCCCCUCCGCAACAAGGCCGACGGCUCUCCCGACCAGUUCUCCUACCCCAAAGACGUCAAGGUCUUCAACGGCAAGUCAUACCUCCUCGAGGAGAGUAUCGCCGGUGACUACGCCUUCGUCAAGGCCUACAAGGCCGACAAGCUCGGAAACUGCCAGUUCCGCCUGGCCGCCAACAACUUUAACGGUGCCAUGGGCCGCAACGCCAAGAUGACUAUUGUCGAGGCUGAGCACAUUGUCGAGCCUGGUGAAAUCUCCCCCGAGGCUGUCCACCUGCCUGGCAUCUACGUCAAGCGCGUCAUUCAGAGCACCACCCCGAAGAACAUUGAGAAGUACACCUUCGCCAAGGACCCCAACGACGCCGAUGCCAAGAAGGCCCUCGGCACCGGUGACACCGCCGCCAAGCGCGAGCUCAUUGUUCGCCGUGCCGCCAAGGAGUUCAAGAACGGCAUGUACGCCAACCUGGGUAUCGGCAUGCCCAUGCUCGCACCCGGCUUCGUCGGCCCGGAGGUUGAGGUUCAGCUCCAGUCCGAGAACGGUAUUCUUGGUCUCGGCCCCUACCCCACCAAGGGCAACGAGGACGCCGACCUGAUCAACGCCGGCAAGGAGACCGUCACCCUCAAGCCCGGUGCCGCCGUCUUCGGCAGCGAGGAGAGCUUCGGCAUGAUCCGCAGCGGCCGCAUCAACCUCACCAUCCUCGGUGCCAUGCAGGUCAGCGCCAACGGUGACCUCGCCAACUGGAUGUUGCCCGGCAAGGUCAAGGGCUUCGGUGGUGCCAUGGAUCUCGUCAGCAACCCCAGCGCGACCAAGGUCGUUGUGACCAUGGAGCACACCGACAAGAAGGGCAACGCCAAGAUUGUCAAGCAGUGCGCUUUCCCCUUGACUGGCAGAGCCUGCGUGUCAAGAAUCAUUACGGAAUUGGGUGUCUUUGACGUCGACUUCGCCAACGGACUGACCCUCAUCGAGAUUGCGGACGGAGUUACGGUGGAUGAGAUCAAGAGCAAGACUGAGGCGCCCUUCACCGUCGCCGACGACCUGAAGCCCAUGUUGUAA